AUGACCACUAACCUAAAGGGUGGAACCACGAUGACAGUCGGAGAACUCAAUUACGUGGAUGGUGUUUGGGUUAAGAAAGGUCCGAAUAUGGCUCAAAGUCCUGGGCCCUUUCAGACCCAGCUCUUGUUCAAUGAAGCUAUCCCCAUCAGCACUAUCAACCGGGCAACUCGAGUGGGCCCGCCGGCUCCCAUUGUGAUCGAAAAACUGGUACAGCAGAUGGAGAGGUGUGAUGACGUGAACAGCAGUACGGGCUCGUUGCGUCUGUCUGUCCUCUCGGAGGAACGCCUGCAGGCUGCAGUCAGACUUGCCAAAAGAGACCUCCAGAGGAGACGACAGGGGUCCCUCAGGAACUCCAUCGAAAAGCUGGAGGACAGUCCUCAGAAUCUGAACACUACAGACCCACACCAGCCGGACAUGGGUUCACCCCCCAAAAUAAAGCAGAGAGCUGGGAAGCCAAAGAAGGGGGCCCAUUCAGGCACUCAGGUGCUGGUGUACACUCCUCAGAAGUUCUCUGUGCCUCAGGGGCUCGGACAGGGCCUGUCCCCGCCCACCAGAGACCCUGGCCCAAGAACUAGUGACCCUGAACCCCAGCUUAGUCAGGAGAUACGCAGGCUACAGAAGGAACUGGCCAACUACGUUCAAAGGAUAGAGCAGCUAGCCAACCGAGGCAGAGUGACAGGGGAGGCUCUGGAGCCGGACGAGAGGCGGAGAAUUGAAAUCCGUCGUCAAGAGCAGGCCGCACGCUCUGCCCGUAUCAUUUACGUACUGCAACAACAGGUGAAGGAGAUUCAAGAGGAUUUAGACAAGCUGCGGUCCCAAAAUGUCAGACACACUAAAAAAUCCAGGGCGAUGGAUCGACUCGCGGCGGCUCACCGUGGAGCAGUCAGAGCAAUGCAAGUCUUUAUCAAUCAGCUGUCUGAUCCUGUGGAGAGCCGGGUGCCAACCCAUUACAAAGAGCUGGGCCAGCUCAUUCGCCAGCUCUCCCUCUGCUCGGCCAAGGUCGAGGUGGGUCAAGGUUCAGCCGUCCCCGAGACCACGCUGGACAUCCUGCAGAAAUUGGAGACACUUGACUCAGCUCUUAGGAAACAGGAGAGCCCUAAAAAAGGUGACUCAGUCAUUCAGACCAACCUCCCUGUGGGACAGAAAUCCUCGAAUACCAAGGCUCACAGCACGUCCCCUCCUCGAGGGCCCAGGGGUCCGUCUGCAAAGGCCUCUGGAGGAGUCAGUAAACCUGCAGCUCAGAGGAAGAGCCUCCCUGGCAGGAGAGUGGCUGGGCAGCCACGCAGAACCGCUGGGUCUGUCAGAGCAGAGAACCGCAGAGCGGUUCUCAGGGCCGGUCUGGAGAGAUUGUUACAGAUACAGGACUUAAACGAGACCAAGGAACAGGACAGACCAGAACCUCACACCCCCAGCAAGCACAGACAUGCAACACGUCCAAACCAGAUCAAAGGUGCUCAUGUCCGUGACGCUGGUUUCCAGCAGCCCACAGUCUCCUCCAGACUGAGGGAAAACCAGUUACCUCAGAGGGAAAGCUCAGUGCCUUGGAUCCCAGCGUCUCCUCAUUCCUCUCCUCCCCGACGAGCCCGGCCCGGUGGACCGGAGCCCAGAUGCCUCUUCUCUCCGGUAAAGAGUUCUACAGAGCACCCAGAUCAGCUGGGAAAAGAGACAGGACUCGAUGAAUCAGCACCAGCCUCAGAGAGGAAGAGACAGGCCCACAGUGAAACCCUCCGACAAGCCUGGCUGGACAGGAUGACCGCAGACAGGCUGAGAGAACUGAACCAGCUGAGUAAGGAGGAGACUGAACGCAUAAACAGACUCAGAUCUGAAGUUGGUUCUCCUACACAAUGGGCUGACAAAGCAGAGAAGGCAGCCAGAGACAAACUACAGCCCCUGCUGGAGCGUGUGGAGCAGGUUGGUGAGUCGUUGGAUAGAAAAGGCCCAUCGCUGAGACGCAGGCUGUCUGAGCAGGCUGCCAAGAAGGCUGUGGACAGUGCUGAUCUGCUGAGUGAAGCUGUUCUGGAGGAGUUACUGGAGGACACAGCUCGUAAUCUGUGGGCAGUUGAGAGGGGCAGACAAGCAGAGGAGGAGGCUCAGGGCCUCCUCCAGGGCUCCACACUGGAGACCAUGCUCCGUAGGAUGGAGGAGAUCGAGAAAGACCAGGAGGCUGUACGGAGGCGCUUUGCUGAAAUAUCCUACUCAGACCCUCUGUACUGGGACAAACAGUCUGGAGUUGAGAGGAGUGCAGUGGGCAGAGAGCCAGUCUCUCCCCAACCCAUCAGACUGACCAAGCCUGUGGUGACAGCCUGCAGGGCCGUGGACAUCCACCUGCAAACCCCAGUGGAAACAGGGUUUUUUUCUGAGACGUCAACCGCGGACGAGUCCCGCACAUCUCUGCCCAGUCCAGACCGUGUGCUUUCAGCCAGGGUGGAAAAAAGAGGAGGCAUCCAGCUGUCUGUUCCAACUGCCACACUGAAAAGCGUCCGGAGGUACAGAGAAGACUACGACGCCUACCUGCGCCUGGUCUCGCAUGAAGCUGUCGGCAGCUUCAACCCUUGGGCCGUGGCCGACAGUCUGGCAGACGAACUGUUGUCCGAGGCUCUUGCCGACGUGGCGGCCGAAUUCCAGGACGUCUGUGAGGAGUACGCCGAGGCUGUCUUCACUUCAGAGUUCCUCCAGCCAACCCAAUCACCCGCCGCCUCUGUCGCAUAG